CCGGGCUGCACGAUGCGGGUGCGCCUGGGCGCCCUGGCUGGCGCGGCGGCGCUCUCCGGGGCGCUCAGCUUCGUGCUCCUGGCGGCCGCCAUCGGCACGGACUUCUGGUACAUCAUUGACACCGAGCGGCUGGAGCGGAGCGGCCCGGGAGCGCCGGACCGGGCGGGGGGCGCCAACCUCAGCCAGCUCGAACCCCUGAGCUCGCACUCCGGCCUCUGGCGGACCUGCCGGAUCCAGAGCCCGUGCGCGCCGCUGAUGAACCCCUUCUGGCAGGAGAACGUCACCGUCAGCGACUCCAGCCGACAACUUCUUAAAAAGGAAGGAAGGAGGGGAGGAGGGACGCAUACCUGACCCUGUGUGAUGGUCCUGGAGGAGACCGGUCUCUUGCCCUGCUCCCCAAGGUCGGUGGUAUUUAGGGGCUGAAGACCCUCAUCCUUGUUGAUGGCGGAGUCGUUUAUUCAGUGCCCAGCCUGCCCAAUACUCCACUUUGCCUCGUUGGCUUGGCACAGACCAUUUCAGUAAUAACAGCAUGAGCAUUGCUUCAUGAUGCGGGUGUGGAGGUGGGGUUCUGGGGGUGUCUGUGACCUGCCACGGGCCCACAGCAGCCGAGCAGCUGGUUCUGCAGCCUGCAUUUUACCCACCGUAUGUGCGUGUCUCUGUGUGUUUGUCUUGGAACCACACUGCCACACUCUUAUAAUUAGGUGGACAAAAACCUGUCGCCACACACGAAGCCCUGCCAAGAUGUAAAGGGGAGAUGAGGUUGCUCGCGUCACAGAACUCACAACC